AUGGCAGAACCCAGGUAUAGUGCCAUUGAAGACUAUGGGCUGAUCGGAGACAUGCACACUUGUGCUCUGGUGAGUAAGGCCGGCAGCUUGGAUUAUAUGUGCUGGCCAGUCUUUGAUUCGCCCUCUAUCUUCUGUCGUCUAUUGGACGACAAGAAGGGCGGAUUCUACUCCGUUGCGCCCCAAGGGACGGAUGACCACCAUAGCAAGCAGCGGUACUUGCCAUAUUCGAACCUACUGGAAACUCGAUGGACCAACAAUGACGGUGUCGUGAUAAUGCUGGACUACUUCCCCGUGAGCCCCAAGAAGGGUGGUCAUGCUGGCCGGGUGCUGUCGGGUUAUUGCCCAUGCAAUGAGCCCGGAGCCAACCGCUUCAAGUCGGGUCUGCAGCACUCAGGUCUGAUAAGAAAGCUGGAAUGCAGCCGUGGCUUCAUGGAGCUAAAGGUAGAACUGUUCCCAGCGUUCAAUUAUGCACGAGAUACGCACACCGCUCGCGCAAAAUUGGAGAACGACAUGUCCAGGCACCGCCUCCAGACGGUCCAUUUUGAGAGUGAGUCGGAGCGGCUGCAGCUCGAGAUCUUUGCCGAUUCGCGAGAGCCCGAUAAGCUUGGGUACCCCAAGGCGAAACUCAGUCUGGAGGAGAAACCAAGUUUGAAGGGUCGCGGACUGGUGGCAUAUAUCCGCCUGUCGGAGGGACAGACGGUGCACCUUGUCCUCCACAGUCCCGAGAACGCGGUUCCUAGCACGGCAAUGAUGGCGGCAUACCUGUCAAAAAUGGAGGAGGAAACAUUCGACUACUGGACUGACUGGACUCGGAAGUGUGCAUUCCGUGGACACUACCGGGAGACCGUUGAGCGCAGCCUUUUGAUCCUGAAGCUGCUCACCUACAAGCCCACCGGGGCCAUUGUUGCCGCUCCUACCUUUUCUCUCCCUGAAGAUGUGGGCGGCUCCCGUAACUGGGAUUACCGUUUCUCUUGGGUGCGCGACACGGCCUUUACACUAUACGUCUUUCUGAAAAUGGGCUACAGUCGUGAGGCAGAAGCGUACGUGAACUUUAUCUUCGAACGGAUCUUCCCGCACGCUCUCGAGGAGGCAGAUGCGGGAAGCAAGCGGCCCUUCCUGCCGCUCAUGUUCACGAUCCGCGGCGAGUGCGACAUUCCCGAAGUGGAACUUGAUCAUCUCGAUGGUUACAGAGGAAGCAAGCCUGUGCGCAUUGGCAACGCCGCCGUGUUCCAUACUCAACUGGACAUCUACGGCGAACUCUUAGACAGUAUCUACCUGUUUAACAAGCAUGGCAAUCCAAUCACCUAUGACCAGUGGUCUGCGAUCCGGCGCAUGGUCAAUUACUGCGUCGGCGUACGUCAUCAGAAGGACAUGUCCAUUUGGGAGUCCCGUGGCCAGAUCCAAAACUUCAUCUACUCAAAGGUCAUGCUGUGGGUGGCUCUGGACCGUGGUAUCCGCUUGGCAGAGAAGCGCGCCAGCCUCCCCUGCCCUGACCGUUUCCAAUGGAUCAGGAUCCGCGACGAACUCUAUGACGAGAUCAUGGAGAAAGGCUACAAUGUAGACCGUGGUCACUUCUGCCAGAGCUAUGAGAGCCGAGACGUGCUGGAUGCCUCGAUUUUGAUCGCGCCGCUCGUCUUCUUCAUCGCACCUAACGACCCGCGGUUCAUCAGCACUCUGAAGCAGAUCCUAAAUAGCCCGGAAAAAGAGGGGCUGUCCAGUGCCAAAAUGGUCUUCCGAUACGAUCAUGUGAAAGCUAAUGAUGGCAUGACCGGGGGCGAAGGUGCCUUUAUCAUGGUUACCUUCUGGCUGGUUGAAGCCAUGGCUCGGGCUGCCAGAUAUGACGUCCCAAUUCCCAAUAUUUGGAAACUCGCGCUCUCUCACUUCGACAACAUCUUGUCCUACUCGAACCACUUGGGCAUGUUCUCUGAAGAAGUGGCCAUCUCGGGGGAACAGAUGGGUAAUACUCCUCAGGCAUUCAGUCAUUUGGCUUGUAUCAGUGCUGCUAUGAAUCUGGAGAAGCUGGGCCGGGAAUGA